AUGCCAAAUGCUUCUACUUCUUCAAUUACCUUUAAUCACGAACAAGAAACAAUUUCCUUAUUAAAUACUAGCAAAAAUGAAAUAUUAAAAUUAAAUGAAGAAAAAACAAAUUCUUUAUUUUUGUUAAUUUUAAUUUGUUUAUUCCUUGCCUUAACUUUUAUUCUUCUUACUUUUGCAUUUUUACUUUUUAUUUUAAAGAAAAUUGGCUGGACAAAAGGAAAAAGACAAUCCUUUAUUAUUAUCAGAAAACCAAAAAAUGAACACAAUAUUCUAACUACUUCCAAAAAAUAUAAUAAUAGUGGUGUUCCUUUAUUAAAUGGGAAUGUUUCUGGAGGUGUUUAUUCUAUAUUAUUAGCCAAUGCCCAACCAACAAAAAGUGCAGAUUUGGAACGUUUUGCCCGUUUAUUAGUUAAAAACGGCGUUAGAAUAUUUUAUGAUCGUUGGGAUAAAACGGCUAUCGAAAGGAAUUUACUUCUUUGGGUACAACAGGCAACAACAAAAGCUGAUAAAGCUGUUUUCUUUUGGGAUAAAAGAGCAGAACAAUUAAUUACUCCAAAUAAUGAAACAUUAAAAACAAGUACAAAUAUUUCUUGUAAUUCAUCAGACAUUUUUGAUCAUGUCUUUUGUGCUCUCCAUCAACAAAUGGAUCCGGAAAAGACUAUUUUCGUUAAUUGGGAUGAAUCUGCAAUUAAUGAGAAACCUCUUGGAUGUGUGGGAGAGAAUAGGCCAUUCCUUUUUUCGAGAGAUUUGGCAUUAAUUUAUACAGCAUUAAAUAUUCCAGCGAGUGAAUUAGAUAUUCAAAAAUUUGCUCGUUUACCUUCAUCUUCUUUAAUUUCUUCUUCAACAACUCCUUCAUUAACUAUUUGUGUGCCAAUUAAGGCAAAUAAUAAAUUAAAAGAAAAUAAAAAAAUUGAAAAAGAUAAAGAGAAAGAAGAAGAAAAUAUUUUUUUAUUGCCAAAUAAUGAAGAAUGUGAAAAUGAAGGAAAGAAGGAAUUGUUGUUGAAUAUUAAGUCAGCUAAUCAAGACAAAUUAAGAGAAGAAAAAGAAAGGCAAUUAUCUGCAUUCGAUUCAGGAAUUGAUUCUUCUUGUGUGAUUGCCUUAUAA